AUGCUCGCCUCCUCUCCCAUUCCCGUCGGCUCCAGCAUCUUCUUCUCCUUCACCCUCCUCCUCAUCUCCAUCGUCGUCCUUCUGCUCCUCCGCCGCUUCCUCACCCUCCGAGCCACCCCCGCCUAUCUGAUCAUUCCCAUCUUUCUUGCUCUAGCCCUCCCCGCCAGUGUCGUCCUUCUCGUACCUAUCGACCUCGCCUCCAGCUCCCGCGAUGGUUCCGGUCCCAAGGCGAUUUGGUUACCGGAUCGUUUGUUGCUGGUGACCUGGCGCAUCGCCUACUGGCUGAUCUUUGUCCUCACCUGGGCUAUCCUUCCCCUCCUCGGAGAAUACGUCGAUUCCGGCUACCGGGACCCCAAGGGUCGCCUGCAAUAUUCCAUCCGGUCCAACGCUCGCUACCAGCUCAUCGUCCUGGGCUGCGCAUUCGUCGGCUUGAUCUACAUCUCCAUUCAGAAUGGCUUCAAGUUCGGCUCCAUUAAAGGUCUCGUCAUGGCCCUCGCUUACGUCUGGGGUCUCGUCCUCGCCAUCUACCUCAUGGGCCACGGUCUUGUCUCCAUUCCCCGCGCCCUGUUCCGCAACGCCAACGUCAGCGGUCGUCUCCGCCGCGUCCAGGCCCACGCCCCCCGCCUGCAUGACCGUCUCAUGGACGCCAUCAAUGAUCUCGAAAGUCUCGAGUCUCAAGUGUCGCAGUUGCAGCGACGGAAGACCGGCAGCGCACGCGAAUUCCAGGAUUGGAUCGAAGAGCUGGCUGAACCAUCUGGUACUCCCGAGGCCCGCACUCCGCUGUUAGCUCCAUCCGAGGAGUCCAGCACUGUCCCGAACGUCAUCACUGAACGCUACCUGGCCGACCUCACCCGCCGUCUCCAGCGCGCCCGGCAUCAGAAGGCGCGCUUUAUAGAUGAAUGGGACCGACUGGUGUUGUUGGCGGCCGACCUACAGGCCAUUAUUAACUCCUCCGCCUCCAAGAAGCUUGAAUUCAACCACUCGCCGCAUCGCUCUACCUUCUGGCCUCGGGUCAAGAUCCUGACCCCCUACAUGCGAUACCAUGUGUACGUCCAUCUCGUUCCAAAAAUCCGUCUGCUGCUCGGCGCGGUGUUUACCGUGGCAUCGGUCUGCGUCGUCUGGUCCGAGUUGAUCAAGUCGCUGGCCCCCCGCCUGUCCGUCGUCACGCUUUCCAUUGUCUCCUACCACAAGGACCCCGCUCCCGUCAACUUUGGCCGACAGGUGACCGCAUCGGCCUGGUUGCUAUACAUGUGCUGGGCCGCGUUGGUGGGCGUGAACGAUGCCAAAGUCUGGGGCAACCGUGCGUUGGUCCGUCGCAACACGUACGGCGAGAGUGCGUGCUGGUACGCCAGCCUCGUCGCCCGAUUGACCGUCCCGAUCGCCUACAAUUUCCUCACUUUCCUCCCGACGACUUUUCGGCAAAGCACGACCUUUUAUCAUCUCCUGGGUCGGUUCAUCGACCUGACACCGCUCGGAAAGGGCUUCGACUACUUUUUCCCGGUGUUUAUCCUGUUGCCUGUCUGCGCGACCUUGUUCAAUCUGUACGGCCGCGUGAAGAAUAUCUGCGGAUUCGGCCUCAUCGAAGAGGACGACGAGGACAUGGACAACAACCCAGGCGGCUAUGGAUUGGGCGGCUGGCGUGAGGGCCGAGAUCUGAUCGAGCGCGAAUUGACCGGCCUAGGGUCGCUGGGUCUGUCCGGACGCGGGGUGUCCCCUCGCGCCACCAGUCGCAGCGACGAGGGCACGGGGGCAUUUUCGACCUCUCGCACGCCGCGCACCGAGGCCAUUCGCCCGGCCCGUCCUGUCCGGGGGCCGGCAACCGCCUCCGCGGUGUUGGAUGGGGAGGAGGAGGAAGAGAACUUUUUCCAAUCAUUUGCGCAUCGCGUACGAAACACGUUUGAAACAGCCGAUAAGCCGCAAUGGCUGCAGGGCGACUUUCUCCGACUUCCCCGAUGGAUGGGAAACGACGGCAGUGAGGGCAAUAGUGGACUUGGGCGAUGGUUUGGCGGUCGACCCACGCCUGGGGGCUUAUAUCUAGACAUGCUUACCUCUCUGGGCGAGACGUGUGCCUCCUACGUGGAUUAUAUCGCCGACCACCUGCCUCCCUCUGUUCAGAAAUUUGUGCUCUCCGCCAAAGCCUCGUCUCCACCAACCUGGAUCUCCGAAUACCUGCGCUCAUUUGACACCACCACCUCAACCACCACCCUUCUCCCGCUAACAGCCCUGUCGCUGGUCCUCUCGGGUGCCAUCAUCUUUGCUAUCAUGUCCUCGUGGCGGGACUUCUUCCGCCGUGGCCCGGCGUACUCGCACGUGGCGAACCCGCCGCUCGUCACUGAACAGGACUACGACUACAUCGCACCCACGUCCGACGCCCACGGCGACACCGAACCGGAUAUUGUCCUCCUCCGUCACCGCCGUCACACAUACGAGCUCCAAUUCCCGCCCUACGCCAUCAACGAGGGCCGUCUCAGCGUGGGCCAGCUGCGCCGCCGCGCCGCAGAGGUCACCCACACCGCCGACCCCCACCGCAUCAAACUGCUUUACAAAGGCACCCUGCUCGACGAUGAUGCCCGCCCGUGCUGCGACGAGGGUCUGAAGCAGCACUCUGAGGUGCUCUGCGUCGUCUCCGAGGUCGCCCCUGGCCAGCGCACCCCCAGCGAGGGCCCCUCGGACGACACCAGCGAGUCCGUGGUCGCCCCACCGGCGCCUCUGUCUGGCGAGGAGGGCGAGGCGCCGCGCCGCCGGACCCGCAACCGCGGGAAGAAGGGAAAGAAGGCCAAGAAGAAUCAGAAGAAGGACGCGGAGGACGAGGGCAGACUGGCGCCCCCGACAGCGACGGCGGAGUCGUCGCGUCCGUCGUCGGCCGGCGGCGGAUCAUCGUCGAUGCCGGCCCUGGCGCCGAACUUGAAGAUGUUUGCGACGGCGGGUGAGCAGGUCCAGGCGCUGCUGUCGUAUCUCCGGACCGAGCUCACCCCGCUGUGUGAGGAGUACAUUGCACGUCCGCCGGCGGACGCGAAGGCGCGUGACUUCGAACACAAGAAGCUGAGUGAGACGAUCCUGGCCCAGGUGAUUCUCAAGGCGGAUGGGAUCGAGCCAGCGAGCGAAGAGGAGCGGAUGGCGCGGCGGGCGUUGGUGAAGGAGGCGCUGACGAUUUCGGGUCGGUUGGAUCAGGCGGCAAAGGAAUAG